ACCUGUGAUAGUGAAAUUUCUCAAGUCCAACGCUGUUUAAGUGAACUUAGAUUGUGGCUGUACGCUUACAAAUGAAUUUUCGAUGCAGUUAUGCGCUAUGAAGCUUUAUUUCCUAUUAAUAUGAAUUUUCUUGGUCUUGUUCUCUACAUAUGUGCAACCUACGCGUCGCAAUCGCGUGUGGCAGCUGUGCAGAAGCUCGCGAGCAGUUCUCUCUCAGCAUUGGAAAACGAGCGCAAUGCUGAAGAUUUCCUGGCAUCUGGUGUCAAGCGAAGGGGUUCUACCUAUCUAAAUCUUCCCAUAUUCCUGCAUUCAAGAAUUUCCAUUUUGGACAAGGAGCAGUUUUCUCCCAGGCAUGGAUCAGGUCGCGAAAAAAUACCAGAAGCGACGAAACAAGUCCUCAUCCCUCGCGCCCCACAACGGGCAACUUCUGCACGCAACGGUCGAUCGCGCGGAAUAAACGUCGUUUGUCACUUGAAGCAAAUGAUCGUUAAAGUUGACAAACAGAUUUUGGGUCAAGAUGGCUUUCAGACCGAGUUGAAACUCGGAACGUGCGACAUCAGCAAGACCACAAAGAACUAUCAUUUAUUUAUUUACGAGCUGGACCAGUGUGACAGUCAGAGAAAGUUUAUAAAUAAUAGAGUAACUUAUUCCAACAUACUGCACUACUCUCCUGUGAUGGCCCCGGGGCCCAUCCGACAUGCCAUGCCUUUCUCAGUCCCGAUUGAGUGUCACUUUAACAGAUAUUAUUACACAUACAAAAUUGGUUUCAGACCAGAAGUCCAACAUCAGAACUUCUUCAAGCCGCUGAAAACUAUGGACAGCAUUGUACUCACCCCAAGGGAUGCCUCCUGGAGGAGACUGUCCACCGCCGAAGCUUAUACGAUUGGUCACCCCAUGUACUUUCAAGCCGAAGGGCCCCCUCUUGUUGAGGGCAAGAGGCUGUUUGUGGACUCCUGUUAUGUGACUGUCAACAACUCUCAUUUGUCCACGCCACAAUUUGCAGUCAUUGACAACCAUGGGUGCAUGACUGCUAGCAAGAGCCAUAUGUGGUCCAGAUUCAUACAAAGUGGAAAAAGGAAUGUCGUGCGGUUCUCCUUAGAUGCCUUUAUGUUCAAUGGGAUUUUAGGAGAGCGUCUAUACAUGCAUUGUGAAAUAUCUGUGGGAAGUGUAAAUCCAACGGCAAGUUCAAAAUCCUGCACUUACAACCAAACAGCAGAACGGUGGGAAGAGUUGUACAGUUCAAAUGAUGUGUGCUUCUGCUGCAACUCCGAGUGUCAGGCGUCGGACCUGUCUGUGACUAGCAAGAUCAUCACCAGUGAGCCCUGGACCAUGGAGUCUGAUUUCGAAGAUCCUGAAGAAGAGCAAACCACAAUAACUCCUUUCAUGUCAAUGGAAGUGGAAACCAGCAAAGUCCAAGGACCAAAGAGUCAUCAUUUGCCAGGCCUGGCCGUGGCAGAGGAAAAUAUCAAAUUUGUAGAGCCACGCAAAAUAUUUGAUGAGCAGAACCGGCUGGAUCCAGCUCCAUUCCUGCUUCGUGUUGGACUCCACUGCUACGUUUCUCUGAGUGAUGACGAAUAAAUGCAGCCGGUGCCAGCCAAACAUCACUUCAGUCUAUUACGAUGGACUUCGAGGAUGAACUGAUGCCAACUCCAACCAUAAGACAUGGGGUACAUCAUAUGCCAUUGCCUGAACCUUGGACUUAGGAUAGACCUCAUCGAAAUGACCGGUCAGUUGAACUGCGAUGCACCUCACUGAUUUCUGCCUGCAUCACCUUGGUCUAAUGAUGGACUACACUCUUAUAAUGGAAUACAAAAACCAUCAAUUAAUUGCCAACAAAAGCCUUCAUCAGCCAACUAACAAGGAUAAUUGCAUCUAUGUGAACUUCUGCAGUUAAUCCAGGAUGGACUUCAAAGACAAUAGUCAUUAAUCUUACAGUUCAUACAACAUCUUUGUUUAAACACUGACCCUUAACACUUACUUAGUUUAAUAAUUUUAAACCAUGACUUGCACUAUACAUAAUUAAGUAAUAUUGGCAUGAUAUUCAUGAUGUUAGCCAGAGGGGAACUGGCCCCCACAGUGAGCCUGGUUUCUCCCAAGGUUAUUUUUCUCCAAUAACCAACAUCUUAUGGAGUUUUGUGUUCCUUGCCACAGUCGCCUUCGGCUUGCUCACUGGGUUUCUAAAUACAAUUACUAUUUAAUUACUUAUUUUUAAACACAAUUCACAAUCGUAUUUUAUCAAACUACAUGAUGAGUCUAAGACAUAAUAGAUAUUACAGUUUCAUUUUCUGUUAAUGCAUGAUUUUCUGUAAAGCUGCUUUGAAAUGAUGUGUUGUGAAAGGCACAAAUAAAAAAAAAUGACAAAUAAAAAUGACUUGACUUGGCCUGUCAUAAACAGCAUUCAGGACACUGUGUCAAGGUAUGUAGUUUGAAAUUUAGAAAAAUACAUCUCAAGUCCCCUGCAUUUGGAACUGUGCUUUGUCCAGUUGUGUUUGUAUGCAAGAACAUAUCAUCUUCUCUGCUGUCAUUAAAUGUGGUUUGUUGCCUGUACAGCUAGAUUUACGCUUACUGCCCUCUGCUGAAAACAUGAAGGUGGUACUACAACCUUGAAUUGCUCUGAUGGUAGGAAUAUUCCUUAUUACGUUUCGGGGGUAUUAUUAAUUGCACUCGUUGUAAAGCAUUAUUUUUUAUACAAUUAAUGGUACUGAAUUCCAUUUAUUUUAUAUAUAUAUAUAUACAGGUGCAU